AUGAACAACCAAGAAAAAGUACAAAUGCUUUUAAUUUAUGGUAGAUGCAAUAGAAACUCUCGUCAGUCAGCAAAAAUGUAUGCUGAACAAUACCCAGGUCGGUACCAUCCACCACACACUUUGUUCAUUAAAAUAGAAAAAUUAUUGAUUAACCAUGGAGCAUUUUCUGUAAAAGGAGUCCGUAACCAACAAAUUAGACAAAAUAAUAUUAAUGAUGAUGUAGAACUUCAAGUUUUAGCAUAUAUUAGAUUGAAUCCACGAUCUUCGGUUAGGCAUGUUGGUAGAGAAGUUGGAAUAUCGUUCGGCCUUGUGCAUAAAAUUUUAAAAAAACACAAAUUACAUCCUUACAAACCUGAAUUAGUUCAACAUUUACGACCUACAGAUCCAGAUAGAAGGUUAAAUUUCAUUGCUUGGUUGCUCGUUCAAAUCGAUACACAACCGUUAUUUUUAAAUCAGAUAUUAUGGACUGAUGAAUCAAAAUUCACGAAUAAUGGAGUUAUUAAUAAGCAAAACAAUCGUUUAUGGUCAGAUGUCAAUCCUCAUUGGGCAGUGGAUAGCCGUCACCAAACUGUGUGGGGUACAAAUGUUUGGUGUGGACUUAUAGGUGGCAAAUUAUUAGGUCCGUAUUUUUAUGAAGAAAACUUAAAUGCAAGACGAUAUUUAGCAUUUUUAACAAAUGUUUUACCAUUGAUGUUAGAAAAUUUACCAUUAGCUACACGUCAAACCCUUUAUUUUCAACAUGACGGAGCUCCUGCUCAUAAUGCUCAUAUUGUUCGAGAUCAUUUAAAUCGAGUAUAUGAGGGAAAGUGGUUCGGCACUUAUGGUCCCAUUGAAUGGCCAGCAAGAUCUCCAGAUAUUACUCCACUUGAUUUUUUUUUAUGGGGCCAUUUGAAAACAAUAGUCUACGCAGAUCCACCAGUAAAUUUAGCCGAUUUAAAAAAUAAAAUCGUGGUUGCCUGUAAUAACCUUACCGAAAAUCAAAUAAUGUCAGCAACCAAUAGAGGAUGUCUACAACGCUUUCAAUUAUGCGUCGAAAAUCACGGAGCAAACUUUGAACAAUUUAUUUAA